UCUAGCAGCCUGCGCAUUGAAAAAAGCAGUCAUGUGCUUGGGCGAAAAUGCAUUUCCGUCUUGUCUGAACGACUGCACGAUUGUUUAUUCGAUCCCGUCACGACUGUCCUUUUUGCCCCUCUUUCGUCGUCGAGCAUGUAAUGACCUCAUUCCAUGUCUUUUUUUAAACGCUUCAAAGUUUUUUUAAAUCGACUUCCGGUUUCAGAUGUUUCGAGUGAGUCGCGGUGCAACUUUCCGAACAGUUUAACUCACUAACACCGUAAGGUUGUAUGUCAAACAUCUGUUCUACGGAAUAUCUUACUUUAACAUUCUGUAUACUUAUAGCAGUACAUUAGACUGCUUUUUGAAUGACCCUCUAGGAGGAGUUUCUGCAGGGGACUCAUGGACUACAACGGAGCCAAGGACUGUCCUAGGAAAGACAGAGCACCCUUCAGUAAUUUCGGGACAGCCGUUGGAAACAUGUCAAACGUAAAAGCAACUCCGUUUCACAUCGUCAGUGAUGUAGGAUUUCACCGCAGCAGCAUACGAACUGGUAGCUCUUCGGUCAGAAAAUUGGCCCCUUCCUGCAGCCUCUUACUUGGCACGUCUGGACAACUCAAUGCUCGUCUUAUUCAGAAGGAAGUGACUGAUGGUACCUCUGAAGCCCAAACAUCCAGAACAACAAAUGAUCAAGCCUGGUCAAUUGGAGAAACUCAUACAAGUACACGCGGGGAUGAGCCUGCUGGGAGGAAAACAACGUUGGACCUGACAGACCUGCACACUUCUAAUUCACCUGACGUCACUGAGAUUUGCGUUAAAAACGCUGUAAAGAAGAAGAAACGAAAGAUGGGACUUUACAACUUUGUCCCAAAAAAGAAGGGAAAGCCCCUGAAACACACGGGAAAGAUAUAUGAUUCUCAGAGCACCGUCCAGAGGAGCUCUGUUGCAGUAGAUGGGAUUAUAUCUGUGAUUAAAAAAUAUGGAGAAGGCUCAAGUACAAGAAGUGAACCUUUGAGGCGAGCGCAAUUUGGAGAAGCAAGCUACUUUGAAUACACAGAGCUGAAUUUGGACUGCCUUGAUCUAAAAGGCCAGGAAGAGCUACUUUUACCACACUCCACAGCAGUUGCCGAGGUGACAGACUCAGACGUUUUUGAAGAGUUACCAUUGUGCUGCUGUCGUAUUGAGACCCCUUCCUGUGGAGGCAGAUUGUCUGACCAGGAAAAGACCUGUAUGGCCUUAGAGAACACAAAUGGAAUGCUGAAUCGUUGUCAGAGACAAGUGAUGAAGCAUGAAAUGAUGAGACCUUCCACUGUGGUCCAUUUGUUGGUUCUGUGCGAGAGGCACAGGGCCAGCAUGGUUAAACACCAGUGCUGCCCUGGCUGUGGGCUCUUCUGUAGUGUGGGUACCUUCAUGGAGUGCCGGCCCAAUGCUAGCAUUUCCCAUCGCUUUCACAAAGAAUGUGCCUCUAUUUUGAAGGAUCAUAGGUUUUGCCCCCACUGUGGAGAGAAUGCCAGCGGAGCAAAAGAGGUCACAGUACUUACACCCACCCUUCAACGAUCAAACACGGGACUACCACUUCCAGCUGUACCAACAAAAUCUGUUACACAGAUACUGAAAGCUAAAAAGACUUGCAAGCCACAAAGGAGCCGAGAGACUAACUUCAGCAGUGAAACUGCAGUCAGAGUUCCUAACGAAUCACUGGAGAGUAUACUGACAGGACUAGAUGAUGAAAACCUGAAACCAGCAAAAGUAAGCUUCUCUACCAGGCAGCUAUACAUUUCUGCAAAAGAAGGAGAGCUCCAGAGGGUCAUUCAUCUCCUGGUUGAUGGAAAGGAUCCCAACUUUUUUAUGGAUGCCCAAAACAAACACACGCCCCUACAUGCCGCUGCUACUGAAGGGCAUGAGGAAAUUUGCCAUAUGCUCAUCCAGGCUGGAGCUUACCUGGAAAUGUUUGAUGAAGAGCAGAGAACACCCCUAAUGGCAGCUUGUGAAAAUAACCAUUUAGAGACUGUAAAGUACCUGAUUCGUGCUGGAGCAGCUAUUAACCACAAGGAUGUAAUGGGUUUCACCUGCCUGCAUCUGGCAUCUAAACUGGGACAUUAUGACAUUGUGCAACAUCUGCUCUCCAGGACAUCCAAGAACAUCAACUGUCAGGAUGAAGGUGGAUGGACUCCCAUCACCUGGGCAAUAGGGAACAAGCACAAGGAGGUGUUUUACCUAUUGCUGGCCAAAGGGGCUGACGUCACCAUCAGAGACAAGGAACAGAACAUCUGCCUGCAUUGGGCAGCUUUAUCAGGGUGUGCUGAUGUCACUCAGGCUCUCUUGGAUGCACAGUGUGACCAAAAUGCUGUGAAUAUUCACGGAGACCUGCCAAUUCAUGUGGCUGCUAGGGAAAACCAUCUGGAGUGUGUGACGUUGUUUUUGUGUAAUGGAGUUAACCUGAAUCAGAAAAACAGGGAUGGACAAAUUGCUCUAGACUGUUGCAUUAAGGGCUCAAAAGUAUGGGUGGCCCUUCACACAAGCAAAAAGCUGAUUGAUACAAGGAGGAACCGGGAUUGUCUUGACGAGCAAUUGAUCAUUAGGGACAUUUCUCGGGGCUAUGAGGCAGUUCCAAUAAACUGCGUUAAUGGUGUUGACGAUGAGCCAUAUCCUGGAGAUUUUAAAUACAUCCCAGACAACUGUUUCACUUCCCCAGUGAACAUUGACAAGGACAUAACUCACCUUCAGCACUGCAGUUGCACAGAUGACUGCUCAUCCAGCAACUGCACGUGUGGUCAGCUCAGUCUGAAAUCUUGGUAUGAUAGUGAGGGCCGCCUGUUGCCGGGCUUUUGUCAACAGGAUCCUCCAGUGCUUUUUGAGUGUAACCAUGCCUGUGCAUGCUGGAAGACCUGCAAGAAUAGAGUUGUUCAAAAUGGACUGAGGGUCCGACUACAGCUCUUCAGAACUGAGAAAAUGGGCUGGGGAGUGAGAGUCAUGCAAGAUGUCUCUCAAGGGACAUUUCUUUGCGAGUACGUUGGUGAGCUCAUCACUGACACAGAAGCCAAUAAAAGAGAGAAUGACUCGUUCCUCUUUACACUUGACAAUAAGGUAGAUGACAUACACUGCAUCGAUGGAAGGUGUUUUGGUAACAUUGGCCGCUUCAUUAACCAUCUUUGUGAGCCCAACCUGUUGGCGGUGAAGGUAUUCACCACGCACCAAGAUUUACGGUUCCCAAGGAUUGCUUUCUUCUCCAGCAGAAUCAUAAAAGCUGGAGAACAAAUCGGGUUUGACUAUGGUGAUCACUACUGGAUGGUGAAGAGUAAAUGCUUUAACUGUGAGUGUGGCUCACCCAAGUGUCGGUACUACCCUGGAAGAUAGACAUCGAUGACCACACUGAAGUAUUGCCGGAGAUUCUUUUCCUCUUGCUUUUUGUAUACAAGACAUGUACUAUUACUUUAUGAAACCUUUUUUCGACAAUCAGCUCUGCAUUUGACGUGUCAGUCACAAAAAUAUUGAGGUAUACACAUUUUUUUUAAUCAAAUCAAAAGCCUUUUAUGUCAUUUUGACUGUGCAUACGAUAAAAUAAUGAGCGCUUCUCCACAAGGUGGUUGCACGAAUAAAAUAGAACACCUUAAA